AUGGAUGAUCCGAUCCGCAAGGGCCAUGAUUGGGAAUUGUUUGAUCGUCUUUCUCCGAAUAAGAGGCGAAACAUAAUCAACUUGAAUUCGGGACAGCUAUUCGAAAUCUUAGUGAAAGACUGGAUUUGUUAUCUCAUGUUUGCUUUUCGUGAAAAAAUACCAAUUGAAGUGGAGGGUUUCUUCAAACAACAAGGAGCUGGGUCAACUAUUCAAUCAAAUGAUAUUGAGCAUGUUUCCCAUCUCUUCUCGAGAAACAAGCGGGCUAUUUCUUUGCAAAAUUGUGCUCAAUUUCAUAUGUGGCAAUUCCACCAAGAUCUCUUCGUUAGUUGGGGGAAGAAUCCGCACGAAUCGGAUUUUUUGAGGAAAAUAUCGAGAGAGAAUUGGAUUUGGUUAGACAAUGUGUGGUUGGUAAACAAGGAUAGAUUUUUUAGCAAGGUACGAAAUGUAUCGUCAAAUAUUCAAUAUGAUUCUACAAGAUCUAGUUUCGUUCAAGUAACGGAUUCUAGCCAAUUGAACGGAUCUUCUGAUCAAUUCAUAGAUCCUUUCGAUUCCAUUAGUAAUGAGGAUUCGGAAUAUCACUAUCACACAUUGAUCAAUCAAAGAGAGAUUCAACAACUAAAAGAAAGAUCGAUUCUUUGGGAUCCUUCCUUUAUUCAAACGGAAGGAAGAGAGAUAGAAUCAGACCGAUUCCCUAAAUACCUUUCUGGAUAUUCCUCAAUGCCCCGGCUAUUCACGGAACGUGAAAAGCGAAUGAAUAAUCAUCUGCUUCCGGAAGAAAGCGAAGAAUUUUUUUGGAAUUCUACAAGAGCCAUUCGUUCUUUUUUCUCUGACAGAUGGUCAGAACUUCAUCUGGGUUCGAAUCCUACUGAGAGGUCCACUAGGGAUCAGAAAUUGUUGAAGAAAGAACAAGAUGUUUCUUUUGUCCCUUCCAGGCGAUCGGAAAAUAAAGAAAUAGUUAAUAUAUUCAAGAUAAUUACGUAUUUACAAAAUACCGUCUCAAUUCAUCCUAUUUCAUCAGAUCUGGGAUGUGAUACGGUUCCGAAGGAUGAACUGGAUAUGGACAGUUCCAAUAAGAUUUCAUUCUUGAACAAAAAUCCAUUUUUUAUUUAUUUCAUCUAUUCCAUGAACGGAAGAGGGGGGGAUACACGUUACGCCACGAUUUUGAGUCAGAAGAGAGAUUUCAAGAAAUGGCAGAUCUAUUCACUCUAUCAAUAACCGAGCCGGAUCUGGUGUAUCAUAAGGGAUUUGCCUUUUCUAUUGAUUCCUACGGAUUGGAUCAAAGACAAUUCUUGAAGGAGGUUUUCAACUCCAGGGAUGAAUUGAAAAAGAAAUCUUUAUUGGUUCUACCUCCUAUUUUUUAUGAAGAAAAUGAAUCUUUUUAUCGAAGGAUCAGAAAAAAUUGGGUCCGGAUCUCCUGCGGGAAUUUUUUUGAAGAUCCAAAACAAAAAGAGUGGUAUUUGCUAGCAACAACAUAAUGGAGGCAGUCAAUCAAUAUAGAUUGAUCCGAAAUCUGAUUCAAAUCCAAUUCCAAUAUAGUCCCUAUGGGUACAUAAGAAAUGUAUUGAAUCGAUUCUUUUUAAUGAAGAGACCUGAUCGCAACUUCGAAUAUGGAAUUCAAAGGGAUCUAAUAGGAAAUGAUACUCUGAAUCAUAGAACUAUAAUGAAAGAUACGAUCAACCAACAUUUAUCGAAUUUGAAAAAGAGUCAGAAGAAAUGGUUCGAUCCUCUUAUUUUUCUUUCUCGAACCGAGAGAUCCAUAAAUCGGGAUCCUAAUGCAUAUAGAUACAAAUGGUCCAAUGGGAGCAAGAAUUUCCAGGAGCAUUUGAAACAUUUCGUUUCUGAGCGGAAGAGCCGUUUUCAAGUAGUGUUCGAUCGAUUAUGUAUUAAUCAAUAUUCGAUUGAUUGGUCUGAGGUUAUUGAUAAAAAAGAUUUGUCUAAGUCACUUCGUUUCUUUUUGUCCAAGUUACUUCGUUUUUUGUCCAAGUUACUUCUCUUUUGUCUAACUCACUUCCUUUUUUCUUUGUGAGUUUCGAGAAUAUCCCCAUUCAUAGGUCUGAGAUCCACAUCUAUGAAUUGAAAGGUCCGAACGAUCAACCCUGCAAUCAGUUGUUAGAAUCAAUAGGUCUUCAAAUCGUUCAUUUAAAAAAUUGAAACCCUUUUUAUUGGAUGAUCAUAAUACUUCUCAAAAAUCGAAAUUCUUGAUCAAUGGAGGAACAAUAUCACCAUUUUUGUUCAAUAAGAUACCAAAGUGGAUGAUUGACUCAUUCCAUACUAGAAAGAAUCGCAGGAAAUCUUUUGAUAACACGGAUUCCUAUUUCUCAAUCGUAUCCCACGAUCAAGACAAUUGGCUGAAUCCCGUGAAACCAUUUCAGAGAAGUUCAUUGAUAUCUUCUUUUUCUAAAGCAAAUCGACUUCGAUUCUUGAAUAAUCCACAUCACUUCUGCUUCUAUUGUAACAAAAGAUUCCCUUUUUAUGUGGAAAAGGCCCGUCUCAAUAAUUCUGAUUUUACGUAUGGACAAUUCCUCACUAUCUUGUUCAUUCACAACAAAAUAUUUUCUUCGUGUGGUGGUAAAAAAAAACAUGCUUUUUUGGAGAGAGAUACUAUUUCACCUUCGUCAAUCGAGUCACAGGUAUCUAACAUAUUCAUAUCUAACGAUUUUCCACAAAGUGGUGACGAAAGGUAUAACUUGUACAAAUCUUUCCAUUUUCCAAUUCGAUCCGAUCCAUUAGUUCGUAGAGCUAUUUACUCGAUUGCAGACAUUUCUGGAACACCUCUAAUAGAGGGACAAAGAGUAAAUUUGGAAAGAACGUAUUGUCAAACUCUUUCAGAUAUGAAUCUAUCCGAUUCAGAAGAGAAGAGCUUGCAUCAGUAUCUCAAUUUCAAUUCAAACGUGGGUUUGAUUCACACUCCAUGUUCUGAGAAAUAUUUACAGAGGAAAAAACGGAGUCUUUGCCUAAAAAAAUGCGUUGACAAAGGGCAGAUGGAUAGAACCUUUCAACGAGAUAGUGCUUUUUCAACUCUCUCAAAAUGGAAUCUAUUCCAAACAUAUAUGCCAUGGUUCUUUACUUCGACAGGGUACAAAUAUCUAAAUUUGAUAUUUUUAGAUAUUUUUUCAGACCUAUUGCGGAUACUAAGUAGCAGUCAAAAAUUUGUAUCCAUUUUUCAUGAUAUUAUGUAUGGAUUAGAUAUAUCAUGGCGAAUUCUUCAGAAAAAAUUGUGUCUUCCACAAAGGAAUCUGAUAAGUGAGAUUUCGAGUAAGUCUUUACAUAAUCUUCUUCUGUCCGAAGAAAUGAUUCAUCGAAAUAAUGAGUCAUCGUUGAUAUCGACACAUCUGAGAUCGCCAAAUGUUCGUGAGGUCCUCUAUUCAAUCCUUUUCCUUCUUCUUGUUGCUGGAUAUAUCGUUCGUACACAUCUUCUCUUUGUUUCCCGAGCCUAUAGUGAGUUACAGACAGAGUUCGAAAAGAUCAAAUCUUUGAUGAUUCCAUCAUACAUGAUUGAGUUGCGAAAACUUCUGGAUAGGUAUCCUACAUCUGAACAGAAUUCUUUCUGGUUAAAGAAUCUUUUUCUAGUUGCUCUGGAACAAUUAGGAGAUUGUCUAGAAGAAAUACGGGGUUCUGGCGGCAACAUGCUAUGGGGUGGUGAUCCCGCUUAUGGGGUCAAAUCAAUACGUUCUAAGAAGACAGAUUUGAAAAUAAACUUCAUCGAUAUCAUCGAUCUCAUAAGUAUCAUACCAAAUCCCAUCAAUCGAAUCACUUUUUCGAGAAAUACGAGACAUCUAAGUCAUACAAGUAAAGACAUCUAUUCAUUGAUAA